CGGAGGGGAGCGGGUGCUGAUUCCGGUUCCGGUUCCGGUAGGCGGUUGGUUGGUGGCGGUGAGGCUCGAGCUCCGGGAGUCCGACAACACUCGUGUAGAAAUGUCUGCUUGGUUAAAUUCACGGGUAGGCCCCUCACAUAGACUCAGUCCAGACGAAAGUGCCACGUCUUCUCAAGAACGAGAUCGCUCACCUUUGCGAAGUGAAAGAGUUGACCUUUACAGGACUAAUGAAGUAUUGGAAUACUACAGUGGGUAUCCUGAAGGUUAUAAUGCAGAGGACUACAACUAUACUUGGCCUGAGAGCUACAGACCAGAUGAUAGCCGUCGUGAUGAGCUUUAUCAGCAGUUCUAUAAAGAGAUAGAGGAUGACUACAGUAAAGAAAAGUACGCAGAUUGUGUAGUUAUAGCACUAAGCAAGCAACAAGGGGAUUAUGCCAAGCUAGUAGGACGACGAGUGCAAGAACUGGGCCUUCUUGUUGACCUUAUGUACCUUAAAUUAGAGUUAGCACUUGAAGCUGCUUUGAAAGAUGUUAAAGAAGAAGGUUCGCCAUUUUGUGUUGUUAUUAGUGCAGAACAUCAAACUCUAUCAUCGUGCACAGUGAUCAUCCUGUGCGGUGGCCACAAAGAGCAUCGUAAUAUGCCUUUGGAUGAUGCACUGGACCUGAUUUCUCGUGAGCACAAACGUGUUUACGGUGAACAACAAGAAAAAGAACGACUUGAGAUCGCAUACAAAGCAGCUAGUUUGGCUGAUGAUUACCUACACCGUGAAUAUUAUGAGGAAACCCAUAUUGUGCCAAGCAACAUUCGCCAUCUUCUGUUUCUGCUGGGUGAUGGAAAGCAUCUUUAUCCUGAAGAGAUGCAGAAAAUAGCUGAGUACUUGGGCCAGAGAAAGGAGCAGUAUGAAGCAGGUGCUGCCGCCGCCGCCGCCGCUGCUGCUGCUGCUCAAGCUACUGUUGCAGCUGAGAAUUACUAUGAUCAAGGCGCUGUUUCACAAUGCUCAAGCAAGCCUAAACCCCUUCUCCCAACCCCAAGCAGGCCACCACUUUUGGGCCAAGCACCACUUACUCAGAAAAAAGCUCCACUCUUGGGUGAUCGCCCAAUAAGAGCUCUUCUGCCUGUUCCAACUCAUUUAAAGUUAGGUACUAGGCCCCAGCCACAGUAAGCAACAGCCACAUGAAAUAUCCGAAUGCACGCUGCUUUGGAGCGGAGUUUGUAUGUCCAACACAACAAUGUUUGAAGAGCACCACAAGUAUGAUGCCAUGCCAAUACCACAGGACUCCUUGGUGAAUUGUCAGAUUGAUUUGUAGUAUUUUAGUAUUUAAAAUAAAUCCCAUUGUAAAGUUCAACAAUUUCUUUCUGAAGAUGUAUGCCCACGAUCUUGCGUAAGGACCAUUUGUAAUUUUUAAAUGCCACCAUGAAUGGUUUUAAAAGUUAGGAAAAAUUCUCGUCUUGCUCUAUAUCUUGUUUAUUAUUUGACUUGUUAGAUGCUCAUUAAUAUUCCCUCCAUUCUGUUUCUGAGAUCCUUUUUUAGUAAGAUUUUAUUGUAUGGUGAUAUUUUUUUACAGGGUCAGAAAAUAAACUCAAUAUGCUUUUGAAAACAGAAUUGCCCUCCCAAUUGGUGUGUAUACCAUGAAUUGAAAGUUCAACAAAUAUCAUCUUACAGUAUUAUCUUAUCCAGAUUUGUAUAACUGUUGUUCACUUGACUGCUUUUUUGUACUGAGCAUUGUAAAAGUGCUGCAUUGAUUUGAUAAAAGCAAUGUUUAGUAUAUCUCAAUUAGAGUAAUACAAUUUCUUUACUGUAUUUGAAACCUGUUCAAUAAAAUUUCCGGUUAUUUGGAGAAGAACCCACGAUGAUCAUUUCAGAAACCUCAGUUCUCAAUGUUUUGCAAUGUGUUGGGGUGUUUGAAGGAAGGGGGGAUGCGUUCUGUAUCUACUUUAAUAGGUAGGUGUUUGAGCUAAAUAAAUAUUCCCGUGUUACUUUGUAA